UCUCUAACUAGAGUCAACAGGAAGGAACAGAACUUCGAAUGCUACAUCUAAAUUCAAGAUUUCAAAGCUUUAAGUACUGCUGCUUUAAAACUGUUUAAGUGGCAGCUACGGCUACAUAAAAAUGACGACUGUCCUGCCUCGGAUCGAGCAACUGUCUGCAAGGGUGGUCCGAAUCCUAGGCUGCAAUCCAGGACCUUUUACUCUGCAAGGGACAAACACCUACUUGGUGGGGACUGGCAAAAGGCGUGUUCUCAUUGACACUGGAGAGCCAUCAAUCCCUGAAUACAUUGGGUGUUUAAAGCAAGCCUUGAAGCAGUUUAACACCUCAAUACAGGAGAUCAUUGUAACACACUGGCAUCUAGAUCAUGUUGGUGGAAUCACUGACAUCUGCAGGGACAUCUUCUGUGAUUCCAGUAUGCGAGUCAGUAAACUUCCCCGUGUGCCUUACCUUGAAGAGAUCAUAGGAAGUGGAGAGAGGAAGUAUACAUAUCUGAAAGAUGGCGACGUAAUUGAAACUGAAGGAGCCACUCUUAGGAUCCUUUUUACACCUGGCCAUACAGAUGACCACUUAGCAUUACUUCUUGAAGAAGAAAAUGCAGUUUUCUCUGGAGACUGUAUACUUGGGGAAGGGACAGCGGUGUUUGAAGACCUUUAUGAUUACAUGAAAUCUCUGGAAAUACUCUUAGAUUGUAAAGCGGACUUGAUCUAUCCAGGCCAUGGACCAAUUGUAGUGAAUGCCGGGCAGAAAAUUAAGGAAUAUAUCGCUCAUAGGAACCUCCGUGAACAGCAGAUUCUGAGUGUUUUACAACAAAGUAAUAAGGGCUUCUCUUCAAUGGAACUUGUAAAAACUAUUUACAAGGAAACUCCUGAACAUCUUCACAAAGCAGCAGAAAAUAAUGUUUUACAUCAUUUAACAAAACUGGAAAAGGAAGGAAAACUGAGAAAAGAAACCGUUCCUUGUGUGACUUGGAAGAGCUUUCUGUGAUCCCAGUCUUGGCCUCAUUUUUAACAGUCAUUAUGCUCUUUAUGGUUAUUUUUCAGUCAAAGAUUUAUUUUGCUACAUACAGUGGGAUGCAAAAGUUUGGGCAACCGUGUUAAUAGUCAUUAUUUUCCUGUAUAAAUC